AUGGCCCUGGAGGCGUGUGGCAGCUGCUUGAGCUGGCUGCUGAUACCACUGGCUCUUUGGAGUAUUGUUGUUAACAUCCUACUCUACUUCCCCAGUGGGAAAGCUCCGGACGCUGCUGGUUCCCAGCUCCCCAACUACGUGUGGUAUUUUGAAGGGAUCUGCUUCUCAGGUGGGAUGAUCCUCCUGUUGGCAGUGGCUCUGGUGACACUGGAGUGCAGCGUGUUCUACCGGUGCUGCCGGAGCGAGAGCUGUAACAAGACCUACCGGAGUUUUCUCUCGAUCGUGCUGGCCCUGCUGGGAGCUGCUUUCUCCGGAUACAGCUGCAUCGUCUUCACCCUGGGCUUGAUCCAAGGCCCCUUCUGCAAUUCCCCAGGUGGAUGGGACUACAUCUUCAAGGACACUGCUGGAGGGUACCUCAGGGAUUACUCUGCUUGGUCCCGCUGCACCGAACCUGCUAACAUGGUGGAGUGGCACAUCAUCUUACUCUCUGUUCUGGUGGCUCUUAGUGGGCUGCAGGUGAUCAUCUGCUUCCUCAAAGUGGCUGCUGAGCUGAAACGGACACUCUGUGGGACCUACUCUGUUUUUGUCCAGGCCUGGCAGCCAGAGUUCCAGCAUCACUCCUUCCUCAGGGCCAGCGCCUCACGAUGCUGUGUCCGGACCAGGAACAUCCCGUAUCGAAGACGCGGCACCUGGCGGCAGCUGCAGAGACUGUCGUGGGCAGAGGUCUGCAGUAAAUCGCUGUGGAGCCCCAGCCGCCUUGGAGCUCUGGGGCACGUCAUUGCUCGGGUCAGAGGUGGCUUCGCUGCCUGA